CGGUUUUGCUGUUUUUUAUAAAAUACCCUCGGUUUUGUAAAUGAAACCAAAGAUGUGCCAAAAUGUAACAAAUGUGCAAUUAGCAACAAAUUAUCUGGCAUUUUCUAAAAAGGUAAAAAGUAAAAAUUUAUAGCAAUUAGUUGUUUUCCUUAAUUAACAGAUUUUGAUCGUGCUCUGUACAUGCCAGAAUAAUAAAUGAGAAACGGAUACGCGUCUUCUCUCCACGUUUUAUGGCGGGACUGAGAGUUGAAAACGAUGACAUGUCGUAUUAUACAUCAGGAACCUGUCGUAUCCUAAUUAGUCUUUAUAUGCAAUAAAAAACGUCCUGGACUUUGUACCUUCUCCUUCUUUUAUCAUUCUCUCUCUCUCUCCCUCUCUCUUUAUGUCUGUGUUGUGUUCAUAGUUUCUUCCAAUCCAAACAUGCCUCACGGAACGCUCGAAGUCCUUCUUGUCAGUGCCAAAGGCCUCCACAACAAUGAUUUUCUCGCUGACAUGGAUCCCUAUGUCAUUUUAACUGUAAGGACCCAAGACAAGAAAAGCACUAUCGUCUCAGGGCAAGGAUCUGAGCCAGAAUGGAAUGAAAGCUUUUCAUUCAACGUCUCCGACGAGGUUGAUGAACUUCGUUUGAAAAUAAUGGACAAAGAUAGCUUCAGUGCAGAUGAUUUUGUUGGGGAAGCAACCGUUCCUUUAGAGGCUGUUUUCAUUGAAGGAAACCUUCCACCAACUCCAUACAAUGUUGUCAAUCAAGAAAAGGAAUAUCACGGAGAGAUUAAAGUUGGCCUCACUUUCACUCCUGAGGGAGGCAGCCAUGGUUCUGGAGACUACGGUGAUGGCUCGGAGAGCUAUGGGGGAAGGAAGGGAUCAUCACAUAAAGGAGAGGAAAGCUAUGGGGGUGGUGGUGGUGGCGGCGGCGCCUAUGGUGGUGGUGGUGGCGGCAGCGGCUAUGGUGGUGGUGGCGGCGAUGGUUAUGGUGGUGGUGGCAGUGGUGGCUAUGGUGGUGGACGUGGGAGCGGCGACGACUAUGGUGGCGGUGGAGUCUAUGGUGGUGGACGGGGUGGCGGCUAUGGUGGUGGUGGUGACGGUGGUCAUGGAGGUGGUGGUGAUGGUGGCUAUGGUGGUGGUGGCAGCGGCGGCUAUGGUGGUGGUGGUGGCGCAGCGGCUAUGGUAGUGGACGUGGCAGGGGCUAUGGUGGUGGUGGUGGACGGAAAGAAUCAUCGGAAGCCGAGGAAAGCUAUGGCGGAUGGAACGAAUCUUCUCACCGAGGAUGACCUUGUGAUUAAGAGUGUAAUAAUGUAUUAUUGA